UGGGCGGGUUUCAUAGGACGCUCCGGACAUUCAGCAUCUGGAGCUUUAUGUGCACACGCUGUUAAAGAGCUAGCAAGCUUUUUACUUCUGCGGGGCAAGGAGACGGAGAGGAGGGACAAAGUACCUGCCUGUCACCGGAGAUCAUAAUGAAGAAAACCAGGGAAGUUAUCCUGAAGGACUUGUCUGAUUGGGAGGAAAACUUGAUUGGAAUGUAAACACGGACCAUCGAUCUCUAAUCAGGAGUGUUUUCCGUCACCAGGAUGACGCCACAUGAGAGCUCCCUCCUGACUCACCUGCUCCUGCUCCUCCAGCUCUUCCUCCCCCUCACCCUGUCCUUUCUGCACCCUCCUCACCCCCCACCGGUCCACGUCCCCACACUAGUACCUCACACACCGAGGCCUCUCACCCGCUCCCACUUCAGCGCUCAGACUCAGCUGGACUUCACCACUCACUGCAACUCCAGUUGCUUUCACAGAGGAGAGCAGGAUGAGCAGCUGACUGAGAAACUGGCUUUCGAGACGCUGUACGCUGACGGCUCUCGCACUCUCACUACUGUAGAUGUGGAGGGUGAGGAUGAGUUUGAGAGUGAUGACCGUCUCUUUGCUCACCCUUCACCCAGGAGAGGGCCCAGAGUGAAGCCCAGACACAAGCGUGUGAGGCGGCAGAUCUAUGGAGCAGACGGCCGUUUUAACAUUCAGGGCGACAACUUCCUGUUGGAUUACCCUUUCUCCACAGCCGUGCGGAUCUCCACCGGCUGCACCGGCGUUCUUGUGUCUCAGCAGCACGUCCUCACAGCUGCCCACUGUGUGCAUGACGGGAAGGAUUAUGUGAAGGGGGCGAGGAAGCUCAGGGUGGGCUUCCUGAUCCCUCCAUCUAUCAAUGGCACAAAAGCCAACCUCAUUUCGGCCAAGAAGCCUCUGGUCCGCUGGGUGAGGGUGAAACGUACACGUGUACCAAAGGGCUGGAUCCAGGGCCCUCAGGAGGUCAGCAUGGACUUUGAUUAUGCCCUGCUGGAGCUGCGGUGGCCUCACCGACGUCCCUUCAUGCGUCUCUCUGUGGCUCCCUCCUCUGAUGACCUGGCAGGGAAUCGCAUCCACUUCUCUGGUUUUGAUAGCGACAGACCUGGGGAGCUGGUGUACAGAUUUUGUCCUGUGGAAGAAGAGUCCAGUGACCUGAUAUACCAGCACUGUGAUGCCCGACCGGGAGCCAGCGGCUCUGGAGUUUAUGGAAGAGUAUGGGACAACAGUUUAGAGCGCUGGGAAAGGAAGGUCAUCGGCAUUUUCUCUGGACACCAGUGGCUGGAGAUAGAUGGAGAGAACCGGGAUUACAAUGUGGCUGUGCGCAUCACUCCUCUGAAGUUUGCUCAAAUCUGUUACUGGGUGCACGGUAACCGGCUGGACUGUGUCCAGGACUGAGAGGGAUAGGAGUAGGACAAAAGGAGGUUUUGAAAGCAGAGCAAGAAAAACACAAGAAAGCACUGCAAAAAUAGAGUGAAACGUCUUUAUUUCACUUAAAGAAAGAAGAGUGAAACUGGAUUAAAUCCAUACAAAAUAUCAUCCUUCUGUGGUAGACCAGGAAAGCAGAUCUACUCAGUUACUUUCUGAUCUAGUUCCCCUUCAUCGAGUUAUUCCUCUUGUGUGUUUAAUUAGCUGUCUGUAAUCUCUGAGCCUAUUAAACAAUCUGCCUGUGAGAUCAUCACCACGGCAUCUUUUAAUAAGUUUUUACUCACAGUCAGUGUUUCCACAGUAUUAACAUAAACCACUUUUUACAAGAGAGAGAAAAAAAAAGGUUUUCCUUGUGUGUGUGGUGUGUGUCAGUAACAGCACAUUAUUUUCCUACUGUGGAUUAUCUACUGAGGACAUUUUUCUUUCUUUUCAUCUUUUCUCUACUUUUUAGGGGAAAUGGUUUGGUAUUUUGAUAGCUCCUCAUGGAUCAUUAAGCUUCAUCUGCCACGAUCCACAUUCUCCUAGAUACACAGCUCUAGAGUGCACAGAAUAAAGAACUGACAAUAGUUAACGGACACCACUGAUGCCUAACAUUUCAGCAGACAGCUUGCUCUUCACAGUGUGGACUGGAGAGACAGAGUGUUAAUUUUAUUUUUUAAAAGAAUGCUUGAUAUAUUUUAAUAAACAGAGAUUUAUAA